CUGCAUCUCAGCAAAAGUGACAUUUACUCCAUGCAGUGGGGUGGACUGGCCGCCCACUGAGCUGGAGGCAGAGGAACCCCUCCGGGAGCCAUUUUGGGCACAGCCUAGCCCCGCCCACUCACCUGACAGGAAGCUAAGGGGCAUGGCUAGGACUAUAAGAACUCUGCCAGGGAGCUCAGUCAGGGCCCAGUCUCUGAGGGAGACAGAGGCCUGCCCAGAGCUCCUGGCUGACGAGGCUGAGACCUGGUCUGGGCCUCCCACAGCCACCUUCCGUAAGGCCGGCGAAGAUCUCCUUGCCUGGGCCGCCGAGGCCUGGCCAGGCCAGCCAGCAGAGCUACCCUCUGACCCAGAGGAACCAGAGGCCCUGCUGGUGCCUGGAGAUCCCAAGGACUUGCCGGAGCUGGAGGUCUGGCUUGAGCCCCGGUGCCUACUGACCCCUAGGGACCCUGAGGACCUGCCGGAGCUGGAGGACCCACUGGAGCUGGAGGUCCUGCCCGGGCCCGCUGCCUGCUGGCACCCAGGGACCCUGAGGACUUGCCGGAGCCGGAGGGCCGGCUUGAACCCCAAUGUCUUCCUGAACCCUGAGACCUUGAGAACCAGCUGGACACUGCAGAGCUCCGACCUGCCAAGGACUGGAUUGGGCCGCCUCGAGCCUGCUGGGAUGACACCGCCCUCGACUCCCUCACUGACCGGCUGGAGACACAGAAAUCCAAGCCCUGUCCGCUUUGAGGGGAAAGCCACAGAUCCAGCAGGAUGCACAAUCUUUGUGGAGGAGGAGAGAGAUGGUUCUGAGUACCCCUCAGAUGUGUUCUGAGUAUGUUCAGCUCCACCUACUAGGGACGAGUUGCGUAGCUGGCAGAUGGACUAUUUCCUGAUGCUGCCGCGGAGGCUCAAAGUGCCUCUGCAGAAGGAGAGGGAGCUGCUGGCAUUGGUGGCUGAGGCGGUUAUGAAACCACUAACAGAAAUAACUGAAAAAACAGUAUGAAUUAAACAAUCCUCCAUGCACACUGCUGGAUCAGCCAUGACACCCUUGCCAUGAAACGUUCACCCCUUCGAUUGGAAAGAAAAAACCUUUAACUAGUUUUUUUAGCGUCAAUAAAGCCAAUCACAUGUAAGCUUUUAAAUCCUCAUUACUCUACUUUAAUGAUCAGAGCACUAGGCUACAUAGAUUUAAUAUUAAAACCAUAUUCAGGGAAAAUUGGUGUCAUAAAAAUAUGAAAUAUUAAGUUACCAGUCAAAUAUGUUUUAAAUUGAAUUGCUGUAGAAAUAUAAUUCAGACCAUAUGCGUUUCAUCAAUGUCAUUAUUUAUCUGCGAGGCUGUAUCUUAGCUUUUUUUUCACUAGACCGCUGGGGUUUUUGUAAACUGAGAGUCCCUCUGAUUUCCUUACAAUAUGGCCAGAAAAAACCCAAAAGAUCAGU